UGCAAAUUGAGCUACCCCAGAUAGUCUUUUUAUUUGACUGACAUAUACUUCCUCUAUUAAAGUUUAGAUAGAAACUACUUUACAGCCGUUUCAAAAGAGCAUAUAGCAAUCAUUGCAUGUCAAAUUUGAACUUACACCUGAUUUUCGGCGCAAUCUUCUAAAUCAAGAAAAGUUCAAUUGAACGGUAGCUAUGUGUAACAACAACAAUACCUGUGAAGUGGAGAUCCUCCAAGCCGUGGGCUACCUUCCUGUGUUCCUGGUGGGCUUGCUACUCAACAUGGCAGCUCUACGCGUCUUCCUUGCCAAACGAGCCAUGUGGACCGACACACACAUCUACAUGCUGAACCUCGCAGCGGCCAACUGCUCCCUCGUGUUCUUCCUCCCCUUCCGCAUCUACAACGCCUUCCACCAUCUAGACAGAACACACUUCUGCACCUUCCUCAUCUCCACACAUUACAUCAACAUGUACGCCAGCAUCCUCACCGUCACCGCCAUCAGCAUCCACCGCUACCUGGCGGUCAAGUACCCGUUCCACACCAGAACAUGGCGGUCGAAGAAGGUGGCUGCAGUGGUGUGUGGGACCAUAUGGGUCACCGUAGUAACGAUAUGUGCCGUGUUCAGAAAAGACAACGAUCCUCGCAAACUGGUUACGUGUUAUGAAGUAUCUCAAGAAAACACUUUGUCACUUGAGUUCCUUGUGGUUCUAGAGGUGCUGGGGUAUCUUCUGCCAGUUCUGAUUUUAGUGUUCUGUUCCACACAGACCAUAAGGAUUCUAAUGAAGGAGAAGGAUGAGGACACCACUGUGGAGAAGAGGAACAUCAUUGGCAUUGUAACAGCCAACCUGAUCGUCUUUGUGGUCUGUUACACACCCAUCCAUCUUGGGUUUCUGCUGAGAUUCCUUUCCAAAACAAAUACAUGGAAAUCUUUAAAAUUAGUGCGUGAUUUUUGGCUGGUUUGUGAAUGGAUCGCUACCACAAACUGCUUCCUAGAUUCCAUUAGUUAUUAUUUUCUGUUGAAACAGUUUUAUUUUGAAACAGCAGAUCAGCAGUAAACACACACGACCGACAAUGAGUCAUCAUACACCUCCCUUGAUGUUCUACACCGCCACAAUAAUGUAAUCAUGUUUUUGUCAACAUUUCUUUCAUUAAAAUAAUCUAUUAAAUGGAGUGUGUGUGUGCAAACGAGAGUACUUGCAUGCGUGGGUGUGUUUGUGUGUGUGAGAGAGAGAUAGAUGUGUCUGUGUCUGUCCGUUUGUGGUUGUCAAUGUAAACACAUAAUGAAUGUACCAUGAAUGAUAUAAAUAGACUAUUUACAUGGACAUGACCUUUAGUUGACCUGUUAGAUGGGCAAGAUAUUCUACUACAGCAGGUCUGGAGAGGCUUGUUUCAGUUUGCUCAGUAGGUGCUAACUUCUGUCUGUUAUGUCAUCAAAGCUGCAGUAUAAACUGGAUAUCAAGCCAAGCCAUAGAGCAGGGAUGGACAGCUCAGCAUCUUGAGGGUUCUAUGUGUGGGGCUCGAACACAUCUGAAUAAACUAAUUGCAGUCUAGAGACAACAAAUGUACUGUAAUUCAUUGAUUUUACUUAGAAUGGUUAGUGUAGGGCUAGAGCAAAAGCCUGCACACAUUAUAGCCCCCUCAAGGAUCAGAGUUGAUCAUCGCUGGCGUAAAGACAUAUUACUGUACUCAUGUAAAACAUAAAGGUGUGUAGAGUGAUUCAAGAAGCACUCUAACACAAAGGCAAUGCCCCAGCUGUUAAUGACAUCACAUCUGACAAGCAAUGAUUCACCACCCAAUCACAUAGGGUGUAUGUAAUUCAAUAGGAUAAUGUGGCCUCCUCUACUGGUCUCUUUCAAUGAAUCUGCCUUGACCUUAAAACCCAGGAUACAUGAGAAUGUGUUAGAUUCCAACUGUGAGCUGUCCACUUCUUUCAUAUCGGUACAUCUGAAGGUAAAGAGAUGAGAGGACGCCACGGUAGAAC